AAGCUCUGGAUGGUUCAUCCCCAGACCUGUGAGUGGGCACACAAGAUGGUUGUGAAUGCUUUGAAGUGGAAGAUAACAUGUAAAUGUUGAAGCGUCACAGAGCUGGAACUGGAUCCCUUUGCUCAAGAGCUGGAGGGGGAGCUGUCAACAACAGAGGAGCAAUCUGCUUCUUCUUCUUCCACAAUAUCAACAGAUGAAAGGAGAUGAUGAUGAGCCUGUAGAGAGCUGCCAGCGAGGUUCCUGCUCAACUUCCAGUCCACAGGAAAGCCAAGGUGUCCGCCAUCACUGCUUGCUCUUCCAAAUACGACACCAAGCCACCCGUGCUGUAUAUGGACCACAGGACAUCAAAACCCCACCGAUGGAGUCUUUCUGGUUUCAUCUUCACCCCAUUCACACUCCUGCAGACCGACAUAAAGGAUGGUACCUUUGUCUGAUGGCACCCAACACUAAAGGACCAAAGUUUGCCUGGCUGGACCCGUCCAGACUCUACUGCAACUCACAGGCUCUUGCAGACUGUGUCAAAGACCUUCUCAGCCCAUUCCACAGCGACACCAUUGAUUUGGUUGCCGGGAUAGAUGCAAUGGGGUUCAUUCUCGGUGCGUCUAUUGCCAGCACCCUUGGAAAAGGUUUUCUGGCUGUCCGCAAAGCGGGACACUUGUGUGUCCCAACCCAAAACCAAAAUUACAAAGACUACACAGGCAGAGAAAAGACUAUGGAAGUAAGACUGGAUGCGCUAAGACCAGGGAUGAGGGUACUGUUAGUGGACCAAUGGAUAGAGACGGGAGGCACUAUGAAGGCUGCGAUCCAGCUUGUGGAGAAGUUGGGAGCCACUGUUGUAGGUGUAGCCGCAGUGGCCAUCGAGAACACUGAGGGAGGAAAGUGGAUCAAAGAAAAUUACAAAUUUUCUCACUGCAUCCCAGAAGAGCUCCAGAGCCAAAUUGACCAGAAGUAUCUUGAUCUUUUCAAAGGCUUCAACUGAGCAAGAAAACAUAAUUUCGUCCAACUUCACUAAAGAAGAAAUGAGAGAAUGUGUGUUUAAAAAAAAGAGAAAGAAAUAGAGUGAAACCUCUGUUUUGGAUCAGUACAAGGUAAACUGUGAUUUAAAUAACUGUUGUUUUUUUUAAAUACAUGCCCUAUAUUUAAAACACA